AUGUCUCACCUGCAGAUGGCGGUGUUUAACACUUUGUAUCAGAGGCAGUUCAGCAGAAGAAGAGAAGCCACAUCAGCUCCAGGAAGUCAAAGUUCAGUUCUGUUCUGUUUUUCGCAUGGCUGUUUUACAGCUUUUCUCCACAACGAGCCUGAACAUAAUCAACUAACUACUGUGCCUUCAUGCGAGGGUCGCUCUGCCCAUCAUGUCCCUGGUGGCUCCACUUGUGAGACCUUGGCGCAACCCAACACUACUACUGCCUGUAUUGAAUGUAGCAACGGCAGCGCGAGUCAAAACACAUCUGAGAGCGGUCAGAGAAAUGUCAACUCUGCCCAACUUGACCAGCAGCUGCGCCUUGAUUCUCUUAAUAAUGGAAGCCAAGAUGUACUGUUAAACAAGACUAUUGACAAUGGCAAACAAAACCUCACCCAAAAAAUCAAUAACACCUCCUCCUCCUCCUCCUCACCGUUCAACAUUUCCACUCAAGAACCAGCGAAAAGCAGCGAUCUCUCAGCAGAGCCUGAAGCGAGCACAGGGUUCACCAACUCCCCAACCGUCCAAUAUCUGAGCUCGUUGGUGGAGGUGGCGGGACAGGACUUGACCAGCCACUUGGUCGACACUGCGUCGUUAUUGGCGAUUCUGCUGUUCGGUCUGCUCUUCUUCUUCGUCAUAGUCACGUUGUUUGUGACCCAGGCCUACGAAAGUUACAGGAGGAAGGACUACACUCAAGUGGACUAUUUGAUCAAUGGGAUGUACUCGGACUCGGGCGUGUGA